AUGCUCUAUAUCAUCUACAUAGUGCUCUAUAUCCUCUACAUGGUGUUCUAUAUCCUCUACAUGGUGUUCUAUAUCCUCUACAUGGUGUUCUAUAUCCUCUACAUGAUGUUCUAUAUCCUCUACAUGGUGUUCUAUAUCCUCUACAUGGUGUUCUAUAUCCUCUACAUAAUGUUCUAUAUCCUCUACAUGGUGUUCUAUAUCCUCUACAUGGUGUUAUAUAUCCUCUACAUGGUGUUCUAUAUCCUCUACAUGGUGUUCUAUAUCCUCUACAUAAUGUUCUAUAUCCUCUACAUGGUGUUCUAUAUCCUCUACAUGGUGUUCUAUAUCCUCUACAUAAUGUUCUAUAUCCUCUACAUGGUGUUCUAUAUCCUCUACAUGGUGUUCUAUAUCCUCUACAUGGUGUUCUAUGUGGUGCUCAAUAUCAUCUACAUAGUGCUCUAUAUCCUCUACAUGGAGCUCUAUAUCCUCUACAUAAUGUUCUACGUGGUGCUCUUUAUCCUCUCAUGA